UUUAAGGAUUCCUAGAUCUCCUGAUCUCCUCUGUCAGUUAGACCAGAGUAGUUUUCAGAAAUAGCACAGGAGCUAGUCAGUAUGAUAAAUGGCUGCUUCAAGCAGAUAACAGCUUCAACUGUCCAACCACUUUUCCCCUUUCCCUUUGUGUGUGUCUGAUCCCAGCAUGGUUGGUGUCAUAAUCACAUUCUGACCAAUCCAGGGUCAGAAUGUCCACAAACAAGGAGCAGUGGGGAUCAGUUGCCUGGGUAUGAGGAGGGAGGUGUUUGCUCGAGGGAUGUGCAGAAUUAGGCUGCUGGGAUUAGUGUCUGAGCUCUCAUUGUCUAGUGAUGGAAGUGGAACCACUAGAAUUGGGGAAUAACAACAACAACAUCAGCAGCAACAACAUCAAGCAAGAUAUUUUCUACCCUGAUUCACUGAAUUAUUUUGUCUGUAUCGGAUGUUGAUCUACCCUGCAUUUUUCUUUCUACUCACUGGGAUAGUUUUUAAUUCCUGUCUUUUUUCUAAGGAUAAGAUCUGUUUUUCUAAAUUUAGGGGGAUUAUAUUACCAUGGUAUCUCAGUAGCCAUGGUGGUGCUUUUGACUCAGAAUGUUUACUGUCUGCCAGUGCCUUUGCUUUUCAAGAGGAAAGCAGUCCCAAAGCAGGAGGAUGAGGGGACUCACGUCCCUUCACACGUCCAGGAGAAUGUGUUCAUCGAGGGCAGCCGGCCCAAGUACCUGGAGGACCUGCACACUGAGGCCCAGGAGGGACUCAAACUGCUGCAGCAAGAAGAAACCGAUAAUGGGGUGGAUUACCAGGAUGACCAAAGCAUUACUUCGACGGUGACCCGGCAGCCUGACGAGACUGAGAGUGACAGUUACAGAGAGAGGAGAGGCUCUUUGUCAGACAGCACCAUACUAGACACUGUGUCCCAGGUCUCAACGCGCUCUGCUGUCUCCACACGGUCCUCACGGUCAGGACUGACCCGCCAAGCAUCAACCUUCAGGCCUCUGAAGUCAGAGAAGAAGCCAGAGAAGGCCAAGGCCAGGAGGAGACACAGGAGAACCACAGUUAUGGGGAUACCACAACACGUCCAGAGGGAACUGGGGCUGGAUAGAGCAUCAUGGGCAGCUCGUCAGGUUAUAGACGAUGACGGGCUCCCUAACGGGGAGAGCCUGAACAUCCACACCAUCGAUGGGCCUCACCUAGCUGGUUCCCAGGAGGGGGUGAGGAUCUAUCUCCAGUCUGUAGAAGGCCUGCAGCCCGUCAGUGAGGACCAGGUUCAGCAGUUCCCCUCCCGGGCCGGUCACACGGAUGACCUGGCUCUCCUCCAGCGCAUGGGUCCCCAGCUGUACGGUCUGAAGAGGCCCAAGUCCCUGGCCGUCCCCUGGAUGACCACAGCGUUCGGCCUGCUGCACCAUCCCCCCAGCCCUGUCAUGUCCAUGUCCCCCCAGGCCACCUACAUGUCUAAGAUCAUCCCCAAUGCUGUGCUGCCACCCUCCAUCGACGUGGUGGAGAUUAGCCGUAACCGCAGCCGGAGCAGUGUCCGUACCGUCAGUAAGAGCAGACUGCUGCUGGCCAGCCCUGCCUCCUCCAGAGCCUCCUCCCGCGCCUCCACCAUGUCCUCCGCCUCACGAUACAACCCACCACACUUCUCUGACAGCUCUAGAUGGAGCCACUCUGAGUCCUCUGAGACCCUGGUGUCUGACACCUCCACCAUCUCCUCCAACAGCACCACCAGACAGGGGGGCUCACAGGAGGGGGAUGGGGAGGGCUCAUCCAAGGAGACAGCCCUGGACAGAGAGAGUAUCCUCUCCUCUGUCAGUAAGGCCUCCAGGACCUCAGCCACCAAUGGCAAGGGGAAAGCCAGAGGGGAUGAUGGCAAACAGGAGGGGCCCUUCAUCCGGAGCCUAUCUGUGAUGAAGUCCAAGAGGGCACCGGCCCCACCCAGCCGCUCCUACUCCUUACACAAGGACAAGAUGAAGCGGCGCUCACGGGACCUGACUGACAUCAGGGUUGCUGCCCCUCCCCAAAGCAGCCCAGUCCAUGGUGGGGAGGCUAAGGCUGUCAGUGCUUGGGAGACCGGCUCUUCUCCCAUGCCCUCCAGUAACAAAAGUAGCCCUGGCUACACAGCAGACACCAGCUCUCUGGAUGAGUCCUCUGGCUCUGUGACCACCAACUCCUUCACCACACCACAGCAGGCAGCCAGGGAAGAGGAGAGGAACGAACAGCCAGGCUCCACAGGCUCCUCUCCACAGAAACAGACCCCCCAGGAAAACGUCCUGAAGAAGACUGUUUCCCCCUCCAGCGGCUACCCCAGCCAGGGUGGCACGCCCACCCUCCCCUACAAACAGACCCAUAACUCAUCCCCAGGAAACAAGAGAGGCAUCCUGGCCGAACUAGCAAGCAUCUUCCCCAGGGCACCAUCCCCGGCAGCCUCAGCCCCAUCACCUGUUAUUCAGCCACAGGCCUCUGACAGCAUCAAGACACCUCAGCCAUCCUCUCCAGUCGACACUGUAACUCCCUUACCUUCAGUUGUGGCACUCAGAGAGCUGUUCAACAUCCCGCCCCCACCCAAAGUGUGUGCCCCCCCUCCUCCUCCCCCAGAGGUAUGGGCACAAAACAAGCGCACUUUUGAGCUGCUGCUAGGUCCCCCGGCCCCCAACAACACGGAUACGGUGGUGCGAAAGAACCCAAAGGAUCGACGACAGCAAAGGCAGUCUCCUUCCACAUCAAGAGAGGGUUCUGUUAAGAACUUGUCACCUAAGAGGAGAGGUGAGGAGUCCGCAUCAGAGGCAGGAGGUUUGCCAGAGAGGGUCACUGAGCCUAAGGCUAAAGAGCAGACCGGUAAUCCAGCAGCACUAACGUCUGUGUCAGGAAAGGGUCAGGCGAGUCCAAAGGUCCAAGAAAAAGAUGGGUUGAGUCCAGUGGUUAUAGAAGAGGGAGAUAAAGGACCGGCUCAAAUAGAGCCUUCUGAAGGUAUGAAAGGGAAUAGUGAAGUGGCACAGAAAGUUGAACAAGAGAGGGUCCAAGGAAGUCAUUUGGAAGUUGAAGAGAAGGUACAGAGAAGUCAGUUGGUGGUUGAACCCGAGAAGGUCAAGGUAAGUCAGUUGAUAGGUAAACUAGAGAAGGUCCAGGCAAGUCGGUUGGUAAAUGGAAAGUCAAUGAAUGCUCCAGGAAAGGGCCUAGGAAAAGUAAAGACAGAAAUACAGACUCCUGCUACAGAGAAAAGGACUGAAUCUCAACCUAAAAUGGACACGUUGUCUAUGCUUAGCCAUGCUCUAGCACGCGUCUCUCCAUCUCCUUCUCAUCUCCCAGCACACUAUCCUCCCCUUCCCCCUUCCAAACAGACCCAGCCAGUGGCCCCACUUGGGGUCUCCUCAGACUCUACACUGGCUCCAGAGCUCCUGUUAGUCUACCCCACUGGGGAAUCCUUCUGGCCUCCUCCCCCACCUCCCAUGGAUUUGGCCACCCUUGGCGAUGAGCUUGACCUCCCCCUUCCCCCACCACCCAGUAGUUGUGAGGAGGGGGUAGUUAUGACAGAACCUGUGCCCCCUGUUUCAGAGGGGACAGUGAGAGCUCCAAACCCUGCCCGACCUGCACCUCAAGAAGUUUCAUCUGUACCACAGGGAAUACCACAGCAGCCUAGUCCAGUGACCACAGAGCGCCAGAACCAAGAGAAGAAGUCCCUCAGCAAGAGCUCUCCCACUCCCCCAGUGGAGGCCCCCACUCCCGUGGUCACCCCCUCCCUUCUGCAGAUGGUCAAGCUGAGGUCUGUCAAUAAUGGUGACCAGGUUCUGAAAAGGGACCAGAGUCAGGGACAGAACCAGACAGAGGUCACUUUGAGGGCCAAACAACCCAGUAAUGGGGAGGCUCCCCAGAAGCCUAUUCGAAGGUCUCUGAUCAUGACAGCUCUCCCUCCCACUGUCACAUCCCCAUCUACUACUGUUAUCUCACAACUUCCCACAGCCUCAGCCCCAGAGGCAGCCCUAACCUCAGCCACAGUCCCAGAGACAGCCCAAGCCGCAUCCCCAGAAACAGCCCCAGAGGCAGCUUUAGCCGCAGAGGUAGCCCAAGCUCCAUCUCUAGCCCCAACCUCAGCCCCAGCUCCAGCCCCAACCACAGCCCCAGCCCCAGCCAAGUUCCAGCCCAGCAUAGUUAAUUUCCCCUCAAAGUCAUCUACUGUCACCUCUCCUACGAGUAAAUCUCCUCCUGCCUCAGCCACCACCCCUUCGAUGAGGAUGCAGGAGGCCAUUCGCUUGAGGACAGCGGCCAGAAGUAAAGAGGGGCCUCCCUCUCAUCUCAGCCUGCACUCCCCAACUUCACCAACAGGUUUCAAGUCCCCCUCAUCUACUGCCAGUUUCAUCUUCGCCAAGAGCACAAAGAAGGUUGUCAUAGAGACCCUCUCAACCCCUGAGGCCCAGGCCAAUCUCACAAAGAACUUGGUGGCUGAGCUUUCAUCUGUGUCCAAUCCAGCCAAGUCCACAGACACACAGAAGGAGGUGGCAGUCAAGGUGCCGCCACCUGUGGCAAGGAAACCCAAGCCUAAGGUCACAGAUGCAGAGCCCAGUGUGGAGACUGAGCAUGUGCAAACUGCAGGACAGGAAGCACAGCCAGCAGACAACACUGAGGGUAAGGGAUCUGUGAUUGUGACACAACCAUACUUGCCUCCUUUGUUACAGCUAUUGUCCAUUCACAAUUCAUGUUGAUCUUUCUCUCCUGUCAAAGCAGAGGCUCCAAACGGGACAGCAGUCAGUGUUGAAGUGCCACCAUCAUCAUCCACAUGAGCAACACUGCCACUUGGCAAGGACUAAUCAUUCACAAAGACAGACUGACUUUUACCUGUAAAUUGAGAAGACCCUAUGUGUCAAGCACCAUAUGUCAAUCACAAUAUGCAAGAGGGAGAGAGAUGGAUCAAGGAGUGAGCGGAUGAGAAAUACAGAGCCUUCUGAAGACAAGGCAACUGGACAUAGCUAAAUGUAGCCCUCUCACAUAAGAACUCUUUCUAAAAAAUAUAAAUAAAAAAUCCUUUGAGUUUAUAUGAAAAUGGUGUUGGUCUUUCAUUUCUCUAAUACUAUUUGUAUUGUAGAGUAUUUUGCAUCGCCAGAGGGACUUUUUACUGGUCGGAUUAACAAUAGACAGCCAUGGACAGCAUGCUGGUCUAGGUACAAGUCUAGGUUGCCCUCUAGGGUCAACUAUGGAAUGUUACAGCUACUGCCAUUUGGUACACUGAACAAUGAGGAAUUUAAUAAUCCACUUGUCUGGAUUAUAUACCAGAAUGUUGUAUUUUUUAUAUAUUCAUAUCAUUAUAAAAUCAUGCACUAUUAAAUCGUGUUAAGUUCCCAUGUCAUCCUUCUUCAUAUGUUUGUUGCAUUAAAAGCAUUAUUUACCUAAGAUCUUUUUCCUGUAUACAUCUUCCAUUACAUUUUGGGUGAAAUAUAUGAUGAAGUCAUCUGAUGUCAUCAAAACUGGAGGAUGUCACUUGUUCUAGAAUGUUGUAGUGAGGAUGAGAAUCAUAUUCAUGAUGAGAAUCCUAAUUUACAUGUUCAUGUUUUGUUUCUCUGUUGUUGAUAUAUGAAUAUACAUAGACUUGUACUGGAAGCUCUCCCUGUGUGUAAAUCAAAUCUCACAGGUUUAAUCUGAAGCACAAUUUAUGAACUGAAGUCUUUCACUUGGAGUAUUGGGGCAAAUAAGUAUUUGUCUUGUUUUUAAUUACUUGUCCCUCAGAUUUAGAUCCGGAUGGGAGCUACAUUAUACAUUGCAUUUAUGUUGCUAAAUUGUCUAGAAAUUGCGAUAUUCUUCAACUGAAUGAAAUCUGCUUUGGAAGUACUAAAUAUUAUUCAAAGUAAUUUCGGUGAUAAAUGAUUAUGACAAAUGA